ACAUUGUACCUAGUUCAUUAUAGUCAGAAAGUCAGUUUGUUUGAUUAUUGCCCAAUAGUGCUUUUAGUGUGUAUAAUAUAAAAGUGAUUUUUGUGUUGAAACAAGUUUGCAUAAAAAUGACAAAACGUAAAUUAGAAGAGUACAUCGAAGUGAAAGCUACUUUCAAGCAUUCUUUGGAUUCAGAUGAGGAAGACGAUGAAGCGAAAGAAGAAAGUUAUGAUGUUUUGAAUGAGAACGACAUCGAAGGUGUUGAGGAUGGACCGUCAGCUGCUGAAACCAACACUGGAUUUACUGCUUUUAACAUGAAAGAGGAAUUGGAAGAGGGUCACUUUGACAAAGAGGGACAUUACCACUGGAAAAAGGAAAAAGAAAUACGUGAUAAUUGGCUGGAUAACAUUGACUGGGUCAAGGUGUGUCCUGAUAAAGUGAAAUCACAAGAAGGUGGUAAAGAUUCGAAAGACAAAGAAUCGGACGAAAGUGAUGGUGAAGAUGGUUUUAUGUUUGACCCAACAAAUCUGUACAAACAAAUUUUAGAAUAUCUCAAGCCUGGAGAAAGUGUAUCAAAAGCUUUGGUACGAUUAGGAAAGGGAACGAAGAGAUUAACCACAGCUGAAAAGUGGAAGAGAAAAAAGGAUCCAAAUGCAGUUACAGAAGAUAGUGAGACUUCCGCUGCCAUUACCAAACUAACAGAACUAGCAAACGAAUUGCUAACUCAAACGGGAAACAUGGAUAUUUAUCAAGAGACCUAUGAGCAGAUACAGAAAAAAAUUUCCCUAGCAGAUAAGCACUCUGUGAAGGUUGAGGCAGAACUGGACAUGUUUGCCGAUGACUUUGAUUCCAAAGAGAAAGAUAAAAAAUCAGACUGUAAGCAGGAAGGAGAAUCAACGUCGCAAAACACAGAAAGUGAGAGUUGCAAAGACGAAUUGUCAGAUAACGAAGUGGUGUGGGAAUUAAAGUGGUCGCAGGAUGAAAGUGCUAAAGUCCAUGGGCCCCACACGAGUCAACAGAUGCACUCGUGGGCAAAAGAAGGCUACUUCAAAAACGGGGCGUGGGUGCGGAAGAAAGGGCAGUCUGGCGAAUUCUACAACGCGACACGCAUCGAUUUCGAACUGUACUUAUAAUUUCUCACAUCUUCCAUGCACUGGGUUCAGGA